AUGAGCGCUACCAAACUUUGCGCGCUCCUCUUGGGGCUGCUUUUCUCUCAAGGACAGGCCGCACCUUCGCCCGCCGCCAACCUGACGGCCCGGUCCUUUACCAGUGUCCCGCGCGGCGUUAUCAUCGAACAUUGCACGGUCCCCGGCGUUGUAGCACUUACAUUUGACGACGGCCCCUUCAUUUACACCAGUCAGAUCCUCGACCAUCUCGAUGCGUUCAACGCCAAGGCCACCUUUUUCAUCAACGGCGAGAACUGGUCCCGAGCCAUCAACGAUUUCUCAACGCCCUGGCCUGCUGUUCUUCGACGGAUAGACCAGGCCGGCCACCAGAUCGGCUCGCACACCUGGGGCCACGCGGACCUGUCGGUCGUAGACUCGGGCACGCGUGAAUACCAAAUCUGCGAACUCGAGCGCGCCCUCUUCGAAGUGCUCGGCAAAGCCCCCACCUACCUUCGCCCGCCGUACGGGUCAUGUUCCUUCGAGUGCCUGUACGAGACACAGCAGUUUGGCCUUCAUGUCGUCAACUUUGAUGUCGAUCCCAAGGACUAUAUGCACAAUCAGCCCGGCGAUCCCGGGGCGAUGGAGAACUUUUCCCGGCAUUUGGAUGAGCGCCGCUGGGGAGACUCUUUCCUGGUUCUCAGCCACGACUCACUACAAUACACGGCAGAGGCCCUAGUGCCGCAUAUGCUUCGUGAGAUUCAGGCACGCGGGUAUCGGGCGGUGACCGUGGGCGAGUGUCUCGGGGAUCCCGCCGAAAAUUGGUAUUGGACUGCGUAA